UUACGGAAGUCUGGAGCACAUUUAAAACACAUGUUACUGCUUUUUGGCUGUGUGUGGUUUGGCAACUCCAGAGGAAAAGACACUGAUAAGGGAUAUAACAGGCAGGGGACGUGAUCACUUAAGAAAUUGACAUUUAAAAAAAAAAAAAAAAAAAACAGGAACAAAAAAAGCAAAUAAAAAGGCGUGCUUUGAGGCAGCAAGACCAGUGGGAGAGACAUAAAGGCAGAAGCCAGUCAGACAUACUAGUUUCUCAUAGCUUCUUCAGAAUUAGCCCACAUCUUAGUGGAAGGAAUUGUGUGGCUGCUUUUGCACCUUGGGGCCUUUUUAUACGGACAAACCACAGUAGGAUCUGGAGAACUGAGGACUGACCGAAGGGAAGUUUAACAUACAGAUAUUGUCACCACUUAAAUUAAGGGAAGUCAGCAGCCUUUUUUCAGGAGGUGGGUAUAUAAAGAAUAAACAGAGCAAUUUGUUCAGAUCAUCUAGCUGAAAUAUUCCACAGGCCUUCAAUCCAUUCUGACGUAAGAGAAUGUGCUGAUAAGUCCUCAAGGGAAGACUUUUUCUGAGGUAAUUUUCAGCUUCUGACUCCUAGUAGCUUCGUUAUUUAACUGGACACUUCAGGUUCUGCAUCAGCAUCUGCUGUAAGAGGUGUCUGUUUUAAAGCAUUUUUAACCUUCUUCAUUUGGCUCGUGGGCAUCUGGGUUGCUGUGACAGGUUACGUCUGGCUUAUACACACACACACUCACACUCUUUACUGUGCAGCUGGAGGAUCAAGAGUUUGUGUUGCACAUACCUGUACUGAGAGGAGUGUGUGUGGUCUGAGGGACUCAGCUGUUCUGGGAAACCGAGUCAGAGAGGCAGCCAGCUCUAAGUGCUUUCUGCCAGAAGGAAACGGAGAUACGUUCAUACUGCUGACUGCUUCUCAGAGACCGCAAGCAUAGCCAAGGAAUAAUGAUGACCAUGAAACAGACUCUGUGCAGAAUCUCCUGCUUGGUGACACUGGUGGUGGAGCUGAGCUGGAUAAACGUGGGUCACAGCAUGCACAGAGAGGGAGGAAGCAGGGUAAUAAAGCAGUGGGAGAAGAAGGUGCGGUCAGCCUCCAGCUUAGAUGAGCUGCUGAUGCUCGCAGACUUUCCUGAUUGGAAGUUGUGGAAGUGUCGUCUGAGACUGCAGCAGCCAGAGACCCUCUCUUCUCCACCUUCAGUUGGCUCACACCGCUCUACACGCUACGCUGCCGAAUCUUACAGCCUGGAGAUUCUUAAAGCCAUAGAUGAAGAAUGGCAGCGGACUCAGUGCAUGCCAAGGGAAACGUGUGUCGACGUGGCCAAGGAGCUGGGCACCGACCCCUCAAUGUUCUUCAAGCCACCUUGUGUCUCCAUCCACAGAUGCGGUGGCUGCUGCAAUCAAGAGGGAGUCACCUGCAGAAACACAACUACAGUAUAUGUGAAUAAAACUGUCCUUAGUGUCAUUCCAUUUAACUUUGUACCAGAGCCUGUGCUAAUAAAAGUAGCUAAUCAUACAGAGUGCAGGUGCAUGGAGCCUGCCAUAAUACGACGUAAUGCUCAACCUCACAGGAGCAGUGGCUGCUCUCCAAUGGGCCAGCUGUCAGAGGCACAGGACUCCAGAAGACUUUGUGCCAGUGGGUUGAUUUGGGAUUGUUCAACUGACAGAUGCAUACCUUACCCUUCCAGUACACCAGAGUUUCCACUUAGUUCAUGGAUGCCCGACUGUGAGAUAGACGUCGAGCGCUGUGACUGUCUUCCGAGACCUGGGCCAACGCUGGAACCAAGACCGAUCCAACGCUGUCAACUCAACUCCUCCAUCUGUGCCCACAGGCAUCAACGUUUUGAUCAAACCUCCUGCAGAUGCAAAUGGCCCAACUAGAACUCUGAGGAAAUAAAUGACGACAACCUGCUCGCCAAGGAUGUUUGGAGGCAGAGAAAAAAGGCUCAUAAUUUAUUUACAGUCCUAUUUAUGGCGAUCACUUUAACUAAUUAAUAUGAUAUUAACUCACACGACCAUGUUAAUUGAUUUUUUUGUUAACAUGCUUACCUUAUGUUUCAAUCAAUUUGUAAAGUUUAUGAUUUGUACAUUGUUCUUUGUGCACUGAAUAUGUAGUUUAUAUUAAAGAUUAUUUUUAUAUUUUUAA